AUGGCUGCAAUACUGGAUGGAAAAGGACAUCGCCGACCUGAAUGCGAUUUAACACUAACGGCUUGUGACGGUAACUUGCGUCUCAUCAGAACGAUUAAGCUUGCCGCCAAGGAUAGAAUUGGCCCGUUUGGCAAGACUUUUUAUGAAGAAACACAAAUCUACAGUUGCGGGGAUUUCGAUGAUGUAAGCAAACUGAUUAGUAGCAAGGACAAGAGUUCGGCUGAAAUCGGGGAAGAAAGCUUUACCAAUCCGGCCUAUGUUAAAUGCUACGAGAAAAUACUGUUAACCAAAAACGGGAGUUAUAAAGUGAUCGAUUUCAUCGAAGUGCGUUGCAUCGGGAGCAGCAGAAAGGCAUAUAAGGAACUCAUUUCAAGUACUCAGCGGAAAAUGCAUUCAACUGAAUCAAAUCCGUUUCACUACGAACAAGGGGCCUAUUUCGGCGAAGGCUUGCUGAUCAUUGAAAGUAUUUUGCAGUUACCAAUGAUUUCCUUCGCCGAGGAAAAACAAUUUAUGUGGCAUGACUCUCGAAGUUACAGCACUGAUAAUUACAAAGCUGGUACCAGCAGAAGUCCACUGCCACUUUGCAGGCUGUUAACGCAAGAAACGAACAAAACGUCAGGAGAAAUGGCCGGACUUCGACCAGUUCUGAAAACUGCUAGCUAUCGUGAUAAGUCUCCACCUGGCACCGGUUUGCGUUUUAGCAUCUGUCCUGCUUUUGAUUCUUUCUUCAGGAUGCUGUAA